GCAGAAAAAUAUGCUUACUUGUCAUGAACGCCUUGAAUCUUAUUCUUAUAGGUUAUCCAGAUAGCACUACUAUAGCUUUCAAGUCCUCGGUCUGCUGGACUGGAAUGAUGUGCUGCUUAUAUAAGUUUGGAUCUUUCCUCUAGUGUUGAUGUUUUCUUGGAUUAUAUGUAAGGGUACAGACAGGACUAUAAUGCCGGGUUCAUAUUCAGUGAUCAAUUGCACAGUGGAAUGUGUACGACGAGACCUCCAUUACGUUGUAGAGAUGUAAAUACACAUACAUUUAUGAAAUUUGGGGCAGCUCUUUGUGCUUCAGUUAUGGCAGAAUUCAUGGAUCUUUCCUUUUCUGAUAUUUAUUUAGAUGGGAGGGCAGCUGUGUGUUAAUUGCAGUUAGGAUAAUCUGUAUUGUUUCUUUGUAGUGUGUUAAUUUGGGGCAGCUUGGACUGCAUAAUCCAGACAAGUUGGUGAUGUCAUCACAAUCCUGCUGCAGACCACGAAUCAGGAACUUCCUUCGUUGCGAUGGAAGGAUUAUAGUGUGGACCGUAACAAAUUUGUUGAAAACAGGAAGAGUGAUGUGAUGAAAAUUAGAGGAAGGAUUCUGGUUAUCAUUUGAGCCAAUUUGAAAUUUUGCUAACUUUUCUCCUUAAGCCUCAGUGCAGUACCACCUUGCAACACAGCAGUAGGUGGACCGGCAAAAUCGCAACUUGUACACGAAGUGGAUGCCCUUGGUGGUGAAAUUUGGGAAGAUUUCUGAAUGAUUUCAAAUAAUUUGUGCUAGUCUCCUUCCGAAGCCGCCGCAGCCUUUGCCUCACCCGUCCCUUCUUCACCUGCAACCUCUCCUGCUGAUUCUCUGUUGCUCUCUCAACCUCUCCAGAAAACAGAGCAAGGGUAACAAACUCCUUCAAAAGCAACACAAGUGGAUGUCCAAUGCCAGCAAUUUAUAAUCCUUUGAAGCUUCCAAUUUUGUGUUUCAGACGUUUUCUUAGAACCAUGUCAUCGACAUCUUCUUCAUUGUCGUCGUCGUCGGCAUCAUCAUCAUCCAUUGCAACUCCAUCCCAUAAGCACAUAGCCCAUCUUCUAUUAGACCAAAAAUCAGCAUCCCAAGCCCUCCAAACCUUCAAAUGGGCCUCCAAACUCCCCAACUUCAUCCACUCUCCCUCCACUUACCGUGCUCUCAUCCACAAGCUGUGCACAUUCCACUGCUUUGACACUGUUCACCAAUUGCUCGACGAAAUGCCAACCUCAAUUGGGCAACCCCCAGAUGAAGACAUCUUUGUCACCAUCAUUCGAGGUCUCGGCCGUGCCCACAUGGUAAAACAAGUGAUCAACGUGCUUGACUUGAUUUACAAGUAUGAAAAAAUGCCUUCUUUGAAGGUAUUCAAUUCCAUACUUGAUGUUCUUGUGAAGGAAGAUAUAGAUAUAGCUAGGGAGUUUUAUAGGAAGAAGAUGAUGGAAAGUGGCGUUCAAGGCGAUGACUAUACUUUCGGUAUCUUGAUGAAAGGACUUUGCUUGACGAAUCGAAUUGGUGAUGGUUUUAAGCUUUUGCAAGCAAUGAAGUCUCGGGGAAUUACCCCAAAUACUGUGGUCUAUAACACGUUGCUUCAUGCACUUUGCAAGAACAAGAAAGUUGGGAGAGCGAGAAGCUUGAUGAAUGAGAUGGAAGCGCCCAAUGAUGUGACUUUUAAUGUUUUGAUAUCUGGUUAUUGUGGAGAAGAGAAUUUAGUGCAAGCUCUUGUUUUGCUAGAGAAGUGCUUUGGUUUGGGGUUUGUGCCUGAUGUUGUCACUGUAACUAAGGUGUUGGAAAUUCUUUGCAGUGAUGGCCGUGUAAUGGAGGCUGUCAAGGUUAUAGAGAGAGUGGAGAGCAAGGGAGGAUUGGUGGAUGUUGUAGCUUAUAACACCUUAAUUAAGGGUUUCUGUAGAUUAGGGAAAGCGAAACUCGGUCUUCGCAUUGUGAAGGAGAUGGAGAGAAAGGGAUGCCUUCCAAAUGUUGAUACUUACAAUGUAUUGAUCUCUGGUUUUUGUGAGUCUGGGAUGUUGGAUAUGGCGCUUGAUCUGUUUAAUGAUAUGAAAACAGAUGGCAUCAACUGGAAUUUUGUUACGUAUGAUACAUUAAUUAGAUAUUUGUGUUCAGGAGGAAGGACGAAAGAAGGGUUUGAAAUUUUGGAAUUAAUGAAUGAAAGAAAAGGUGGUUCCCUAGGCCAAAUUUCUCCUUAUAAUAGUGUGUUAUAUGGCCUGUAUAAGGAACAUCGUUUGGACGAAGCACUUGAGUUUCUAACCAAUAUGGGGAAACUAUUUCCUAGAGCUGUUGAAAGAAGCUUGAGAAUUUUAGGUUUCUGUGAGGAGGGCGCCACAGAGAAUGCCAAGAGGGUUUAUAAUCAGAUAAUUAUGGAAAGGGGAGUUCCAAGUGUUUUUAUUUAUGACUGUCUAAUCCAUAGAUAUUGCCAAGAAGGGUGUAUUCGUGAAGCCUUUGAGCUAUUGAGUGAGAUGAUUGCUCAUGGUUACUUUCCUCUUGCGUUGACAUUUAAUUCUCUGAUAAGUGGGUUUUGCGAGCAAGGAAAAGUUGGUAGUGCACUGAAGCUCCUGGAAGACAUGGUUGGGAGAGGUUGUUCACCCGAUGCUAGAAGUUAUAGUCCUUUGGUGGCCGCUCUUUGCCAUAUGGGGGAUUUUCAGAAAGCUUUGAGACUUGUUUUGCAAAUGGUAGAGAAGGGUAUCAUUCCAGAUUAUUUUACAUGGAACUCGUUGCUUUUUUGUUUAAGUCAAGAGACUGUAUGGUUGAAGGGCAAAAGUAUAUUGGAUGUAAAUAACUUGGUACACUGUAUUAUCGAGAAUUAAAUACAUGCCAGGGUUGAUGGCACUUUGUUGAAAUUAA